GUCAGCGAUUACGGUGCGACGUUUUGUGUUUCCGCAUAGCUCGCGACCCAGAUCGUGUCGCUCACUCCACGGGAUAGAUUCCGUUUCUGUCUCCGUCUGUGGAUCCAUUCUGGAUCUACCAUUAGACUAUGAUAAAAUACGUACUAGAGUAGUUUAAUACAUUUUUAUUUUACCUGUGAUUGUUACCUAUCAUUUGUAAUAAUCAUGUGAAUUACAGUAAGUACCUAUAGAAAAUCGUGAUAUGUUUUAGCAUACGCUCAGCACAACUUCUUUCUGUGAAACCCUGUAAUCAGACCACCAUUAGAAGAAAGUACCCUCAUCCAGUUAGACGCCAGUAUAAAAGUCAGUCCCCUCCACGAGUGUCGAUAUUUCAUUGAAGCCUAAUUCAUCAUCGAGAUGAACGCAACACCCCUGCAUUACGGGCAGUUGGGUACGGGUACUCGUGAGUUGAAUUACGGGAACACAGUGCUGGUGCAGCGCGAUCACGGCCAAUGGUGGCUGGGAUACGUUCAGGAUAUUGACGGCGACCACUUCUACAUAGAUUUCGACGCUACCACAGUUAACUCGCAAUGGAUUCACGCUCGUCAUCUGUGGCCGCACCAGUUCUUAAGGAACCGUCCACUUUGGGGUUUCACUCCCUAUUCUGUCCAGGUGGCACUACGGGAUGCUGACAGUCAGCCGUUGAUUUUCCGACCGGGUGCGGUCAUCCACGAUUCCGGAGGUAUAUAUCGCGUCGUCAGUCUGAACGACGGAAACCCUCGACACAUGGUGCACCGCGCCCAGCUCGUCGAACAACUGCCGACGUCGGAUGAUGGACAGAGCUUUUUUGAAAGACAGUCGGGCUUUUUGUACCGAAAGCAUGUUAUCCGCUUCGCUCAAGCGAAUUUGUUGCCACCGCUGGAUUUUCUACCGAUCAGGAUUGCCCGUACAUGCCGUUUAUCCUUUGACCGCGACCGUGAAGUGUGUUACGCUAGCUGCUGCUAUAAAAUUAAGCUGUAUCGGCCGGACCACAUGCUGUUCGUCUGCUCCGGGCAGCCAUGCCACCGAGGCGGUAUUUACGAAUUUAAUGUCGGUUGUCGGGUUUUUGUGCGAGUGGGAACGGAUGCGGUCACUUUCAUCUGCGCCGAAGUGCAUGGCGAUGCAAGCGGUCGUAGUAUGUUCUGGGAUAAGGAUUCGCUAACGGCGGCUUGUGGACGCUACCUCGCCGAAAAAGUGGCGAAACAACAGAUGAAUAUUGUAGAGGCACCAAUGUUUAAUUUGGAUUCUGGUAAAACCGGGUUUUCGACAGAUGUGGAUGAAAUGUUAAACACACUUCCGCAUUCCCUCAUGGCAUUCAUUCUGGGUAGUAUGGACAUCAAUACUCAGUCACAAUUCAGACGUGUCUGCGCGCUGUGGAAUGUACUUUUGCCGUACUACUCAAAUAACCGGCACAUCAUUAUGGCCCUUAAAGGAACCCGUGUUUAUGAGCACCAACACCAGAAAUCAAACGUUGCUCACGACUGCGGCGCAUACAACCUCGUGACCAUGUUGAGUCGCGUCAUCACUCGGGACAUUCAAACGCUAGCGUUUGUUGUGGAUGAGCCGUCGCCCGACGCCUUCCUGAACCUACGAGAACCUCUCUCAGCGAUUAAGCAAUUCCUGCAAGCCAAGGAGAUACGAGUGACCACGAUUAUCGUCCGGAACGGGUACGAUGUCGCUGGCUUGUGGCCGUACGCCUUCCUGAAAAUGCACCUCCGUCACAGAAACGGCAAGUUGGAGUACGACCUGUUGACGGCGUCUGUCAGCAGUUUCUGCUCAUCAACUACGCCGCGACCGAGGCCAUCAGUGGAUCGGCUUGGGAGGUUGCGUUCAGCGCUGAGGGAGCAGUAAGGAAGUCCGAACCUAACCCGAUGCGUUACGGUCAUAAUGUCAACCAGCAAAAAAUCAUCAUUCCGUUUCUGCGCUUCCGCUGUACGGAUGCGUUUAACGAGCAAAGGAUGCGCUUUUUAGAAGCGGCUGACGACCAUUGUCCGCACGUCUCUCAGCGUGUAUAUAACAAAGUUGCCGCGGUUUAUGCCGGUUGGGUGCAGUCAUUGCCUUGUCCCGAGGAAUGGACGAGUAUUCGCCUGUUUCUACAGAUGUUCAAUAGUUUGCGGCCCGAAGACCAUGCACAACGCUGGUGGACCUUCGAUCUUCGACAACUGGAUCUGGCCACGUUGACCAGAGUGACCUUCGCGGCACUGGAUGGGUGCUUAAAGGAUUGACAGAAUCUAACAGCCACAAUCGGUGUGCGGCAUUUUACGUUAUUUGUCAUGGUGUUCUUGGAAGGAUAAACUCUCCCACUAAAACCAUUAACAGAAAUCUGUAUCUGGAAUUUUCAGCAGUUAAUCCUUUUGCCCUUCUAAUUAUCAUUGUUACUUUAUUUUUCCUCUUCAUGGUAACAUCAUCACAAAUGCCCUGCGCCCAAACGGAACCCAGCAGAAAUUUUUUUCAUUUUUUGUGCAAUCAGUGUUGUGCUAGUAACUGUUUUAUUCUUGUGUCAGUAAUCUCAUGGUGGUUCACACAUCAUCCAAAACGAUUUGUCCAGGUUGCCUCGAAUGGCAAUUGCACCUUCCGUGUCAUACUCUAAUUUCGAAAAACAUAACGCGA